AUGUCAAAGAAAUUCAUGCUCAUUCAAAUAUUUUAUGUACCUAGGUCUCGAUCUUUUCGUUCUACAUUUUCUAAUGAAUGGACUGAGAAAGAAAGUGAAAAGACUAAUUUACAAAGUCAUGAUGUACUAUUAAAAUUAUUGAUAGCAGUUGAUGAGAUUAAAGAGUUUUUGAUCAAGCAUCAAACUGAAUUUUUGCGUCAAGAUCCAACUGCAAUUCUUGAGACUAUUUAUCAAUAUGAAACAUUUGAAAAUUUUAUCAAUAUAAAAGCCCCUUUAAUAGAAUAA